UUCCACAGCAUUGAGGUCUUCACCCACUAUGACCUGCUGACACUUAAUGGUUCCAAGGUGGCUGAAGGGCAUAAGGCCAGCUUUUGCCUGGAGGACACCAACUGCCCUGAGGGGCUGCAGCGACACUUCGCCUGCGCCAACUUUGGGGAGCAGGGAGUGAGUGUGGGGUGCUGGGACACCUACCGCCAUGACAUCGACUGCCAGUGGAUCGACAUCACUGAUGUGCCACCAGGCAGCUACACCUUCCAGGUGGUUGUGAACCCCAAGCACGAGGUGGCAGAGUCAGACUUCUCCAACAAUGUGAUGCGGUGCCAGUGCAAGUACGAUGGGCAGCGCGUCUGGAUGCACAGCUGCCACACAAGUGAUGCUUAUGGCACUGAUGUAGUGAACGACCUGGAGCGACGGGAGCGCCUGGCCAACAACCUCGUGUAA